UCAUUUUAAUAGUGCAAGCUUUUUUUUCCCCCUAGCAGGUCUGAAAUAAAAAAAAGAAAAGUUAAAUUCUGUUUCAGUAUGCAGGCUGUAGCAAUUCAACAUAAGUAAUAAUCAAUAAGCAUGAACUAUAAAGCCAUUAAACAGACCUGUAGCUGUGGAAAGCACCUGACUCUCCCAGGAUUAAACUUUACAGUCAUUUUGUGAGUGCAAUAAGAUCUCCUCUACAGGCAUCUACAGUGGCUACAAUAAACUAAGUGCAAUUAAGGUGAAAGAAUAGCAGCUGCUUCGAAAAGUGACUGAAUCCUGUCAUUAUGUAAUUGCAGAAGAUCAGUGACAAAUCCAUCGGAGAGUCUCUGUUUACCCAUAAAACGACCAUAUUUCCUUGUGCUAUGAAUGCCUUCUUAUUUUGUAAGCACUGCUACAUUAAGUGAAAAUGUUUUAUGUGUUGCAUCAAGGCUGUUGUUUUUGUCUCUGAACCUUUAUGGCAACGGUCUCCUUCAAAGGGACCUCUUUUCUCAAAAUGCAGCAGUGUUUUGACUGUAUAAGGAGUGCGAGCAAAAAAACUGCGAGAACAUUGUUUUACUUCAUAAAAAUUUUUGCAAAGUUAAAUAACUGGAAUUUAACACCGAUAUUUUAUCGAGGACAAAAAUAUUUUCAAUUGUAAUAGUAUAUUUUCAACCCGGACAAUGGCAGGUGUUUUCAGAUUAUUUUUUCCACAUUGCAUUUUUACUCAUCAAAUAUCGUUCCAAAGCAGUUUUGCAGAGAACAAAACUUACAACCCCCAAUUAAACAAUAUAUUAUGUUACCAGAAACCAGAAAGUUUAAAGUAUAUUGGGGCGGCAGCUGCCAAGUAAAGGGCGUGUUUACUAGCACCUUCUAAAGAUCACUUCAGAUCUUAUACUUAAAAUCUUAUCGUGCACGAAUGCUAUAAAAUCGCUGGACGACCCAUCACAUGGUCACUGACACAUUCCGUUUGGCGACGACUAUGACUAUGUUGUUAAGCUACCAGAUGACACACCUGAUUGUGAUACCAGCCAUACGCAUUAUUAUUACCAGGCGUGUGAGUCUCCAGUGUUUACACUGAUUGCUAUCACAUGGGUAAAUCAUUGUACAACCUUUGUGAUGUGUUCAAUAGCAAUAUACAGCCUGUCCGGCAUUACAUAACGAACGAUACUCUAUCUGAGCGGGAUGGAAUAGUAAGUUAUGCAUCAAAGAGUUGUUCAAGUGUCUUGGUUCACGCAAUGCAUAUUUUGGUGCAUCUCAGAUCUCAGGGGAGUGACAGGGGAUCCAUUGGUGAUGUUCAUUAAUUAAACAGCUGAGCGGCAGAGUCAGGUGUCCUCUUUGUUAUUCUAAUCUAAUCAUUGGAUGAGGAGACACAUAUGACCUCACAGAGAAGUAGUUUUGCUGCGUACAAUGCGCUACAAGAGGCAAAUGAGCCUUUAUGGACUGCUUUGCUAUCUUCUCCUCGCACCUGUCAUGGCCGACCCCGCCUGGUGGAAGCUCACCUUCCUGAGGAAAAAGAAGUCAGAGCCAAAGGUCCUGUAUGAAAUACCCCCCGACUUUAGUACCAACAAUGCGAAUAAAGACCUGAGCAACGACGACGCAGACAGCAACUUAGACGCCAGACUGGAAAAAAUAGUGGAUAAAUCUGCCACAAAGGGCCGUCAUGUAAAAGUCUCCCAUUCCGGGCGGUUUAAGGAGAAGAAGAAGAUUCGCGCGACUCUCGCGGAAAACCCAAGCCUUUUCCCCGAACCUGCUCGGACUGACAAGAGCCAUAUGGAAAAAUAAUAACUUCCAGACCGUUUGAGGCUUGUUUAUACAUACAAACUCAUUUUUAGUCAUUCUUAUUUGUAAGGCUGCUUGUUGGGUUACCACUGACGCAGCUGGAACAGAAAAUUGUUUUUUUUAUCGGCCAUACUUUAAUUUAAAAGCCACCCCAAGAUGAUUAUUAAGGAGUUAAUGUUUCCUGUAAAUCAUAAACACAAUAUUGCCAUGCUCAUAAAAUGCCUUAUUAUCUUUGUGGGAAAAACCUGACAAGAAAGGUACAGAAACCUGAACUCAUUCAACUCUCGUUUAUAAUUAUCACACAAUCCGUUAAUUUUUACAUUUAAAGUGGAGGAUGGUCAUAAAAUGUGUGUUAUUGUGUAAUAACCAAUCUCAAACCUGUGGGAAACAGCAAUUUGAUUGCCCGUUGAUCACGCGUUUUUGUUUUUUUGUGAUUGUGCAUAUCUCGAUUUUAUCAUUUGUUAUAAAGUGUUUCAAUUAGGGCAAGGGCGGUCAAAAAUCACAGCACGUUAGAGAUAGGUUCUCCACAACUACAACUUUCCUUUGUCUCGUUUAAUUUGUACUUAUCUAUUGUUUACUGCAGUCUUGAAAGGUUAUUGUUAAAAUAUGCAAAAUAAAGAUUUUUAUUGCGUC